AUGCCUGCCAACCCAGCCGCUGGAGUCCCAGUGGAACAGGACUCAGCUGCCGUCACCCUCAGUCCUAACGCUAACCUUCCUGACUGGAUCACAAUUUGCCCCGGAGGACUUAGAGGGAUGCAGUAUUUCCUAAGCCAAGUGAAGAUUGAUGGAAUUGACUCAUUCAGAGGACAAAACCUUCGGAAUAUUAUCUUCAACAUACCGGAGCGACUUCUCCUACACGAGUUUAGCCGUGGAUAUAAUGCGUCUGGAUCAUUCCAAACAGGGGAUCCGGCAUAUGGAUGGGACAAAAUGAGCUUGUAUUCGAUAGCGAAUAAGGAUAGCACGGAGGUCGAAGACUUUCCGCCUCUUAAAAAUGGUGAUACCUUUGCAUACUGGGCUUGUGCUGUUUUCCUCAACAUCUGCAAUUGGGGCACUGGAUCGUGCCGUUAUGUGAGUGAUCCGCCGGCACCACAACUGAACGGAUCGGGGCUGGAUAGGGAGCGGUUCUCUCUCUGA